UACAGGCUGACGAGGACACGCAACCAGUCUUUCAAAGUUGGCAAACCGGAUUAUUCUCGAAUUUCUAAUAUGUCUAUAUUUAUAGAAAGAACUGCAGAAUUUGCCUCCUGCCCCUCUGAGGCGACAAUCUGCUCCGGCGUCAACUGCCUUGUUCCAACGAGUGACUUUAAUGCAAAACUGAGUCUUGCGUUGAGCAUUGUGCUCACCUUCAUGCUGGCUUUGAUUAUGUUUACCAUGGGAUGUGCUGUGGAGGUCCAAAAACUUUGGGGGCACCUGAAGAGACCCUGGGGCAUUGCUAUUGGUUUCCUUUGCCAAUUUGGCAUCAUGCCUUUCAUCGCCUUUGCUUUAUCCGCUGCCUUCAAUGUGAUGCCUGCUCAGGCGCUUGUCAUCAUUAUUCUCGGUUGCUGUCCUGGAGGCUCCGCUUCCAAUAUUAUCUCCUACUUUCUGGAUGGAGAUAUGGACUUAAGUAUCAGUAUGACAGCCUGUUCCACCACAAUGGCCUUGGGAAUGAUGCCACUAAGUCUGCUCAUAUAUACCUCCAUCUGGACUUCUUCAGACAAGAUCCAAAUCCCAUAUGGUAACAUUGGUAUCACUCUUGUGGCCAUCCUUGUCCCAAUCACGGGAGGAAUGUAUAUUCAACAUAGGUGGCCCCACUUGGCGAAAAAAAUCCUCAAGAUUGGGACCAUUACAGGCUUUAGUACUAUGAUCAUCAUUAUUGUGGUUGGGAGAGUUCUUUACCAGACUUCCUGGGACAUUGACCUUUCCAUUUGGAUAAUCGGAAUCAUCUACCCCUGUUUGGGUUUUGGGAUGGGUUUCCUUCUGGCUCGCUUGGUCGGUCAACCAUGGUACAGGUGUCGAACAAUCGCUGUGGAGACUGGCUUUCAGAACGGCCAAUUGUGUAACACCAUUAUCCAGCUGUCCUUCAGCCCAGCUGAACUGGAGCUCAUGUAUGCCUUCCCUGUUAUCUAUAGCGUCGUUCAGCUAGCGCUGUCUAUCCUGUUUGUUGGAGGAUACCAAGCCUAUAAAAAGUACAGAGGUCUGGGAUCAGAUGAAACAAACAGUGAAGCGCCAUCACUGGAAGAUGGCUACGUAGAACAAGCAAAAUAGGCAAACUGCCAUGUGGAAACUAGUGCCUUUGAAUUGAAUAAUGACUGAAUACUAAAAGAAAAGAAGAGCACGUUGACAACACAAUCUACACCACACCCAGAUUGGAGAUUAUGGCUCUGCUGACUUUGAUAUUUACCUUUCUUUUUCAGUUCCUUGACUUGGUUGUGCCUCAUAUUUGUUUUAAAAAAAAUCAGCGCUGACCUCAGGCUUCCUGAUUUUGAUUUUCCUGGGGAAUGUUGAUUUAGCAUUAAGGUUGUGGUUUUUACUAAUUUGCCUAAACUAAAAACGAUUAGAAAUAUAAAACCCCAAGCUUAUAGUGUAUGUUGUGAGCAACAUUUGCUAUCUAUUAACAUUUAGAAAUGUACUAAAAACAACAGUAAGUGAAGAAUUGGCUUCAGCGAAGACGGAUAUCUUAAAAGAGUACAACUGAGCCAGUCAUUAGUUGGAUGGCUGAAGUGUGUCAUCAAGUUUGCAUGUCUUUGCAGCGUUGUUGUUAUUGAAGAACCAAUGUGUAGGUAAAACAUAAAUAUUUCGAAUUAAGUGGAAUAUCCAUGACCAUCGCAGUUAUAC